CCCGACAGAGAAACCACUUGUAAGAAAGGAAUCAAAGUAAUCGGAGAUCGAUCAAAGACUUUGAAGAUGGCAUCGGCGAAGGAGAAGAUAAGUAACGUGGCAAGCACGGCCAAGGAGAAGCUCCACAUCGGUGGCGCCAAGGCCCAAGAACAUAUGGAGGCGGCAAUGGCGAGGACGAAAGAGGAGGAGAAGAUGGCGCACGAGCGAGGGAGGGCGAAGGAGGCGGAGGCCAAGGCUGAGUUGCACCAGUCCAAAGCCGAGCAUGCGGCCGACAAGCAGGCCCACGCCCACCACCUUCCCGGACAGACCACCUACCCUCCUGGUGCCACCGGUGCUCCGGGCCAGCUCUGAUUAUGAUCAUCUACCUGUCUGCUUACAUUAGGGUUUUUUUCCCCUUAUGAAACGUGGUCCGUCUUUUGUUUUAAUAAAAAAAAGGCUUGUUUGUAUAACCUUCUUCCGACAAAUAAAGUUUGCUUGUGUGUUGAUAGUUGA